CCAGCAAAAAAAGUUGUUCAGCUUGUAUUUCAAUGAUGAAUAUAGGAGCGCAUCACCCGUUAGCUUUCCAUCAAGGAUUUUGGUCAUUUCCCGGAUGUGGCGUGCAUCCAGCUUUUCUUCAAACUCAGUAUUCAAAUCUUCACGCACACCAUACUGGGAGUUUCGCCAGCAAAUCUAGUGCUUUUACCAUUGACGCUAUAUUGAAUAGAGACCACGUUGAAGAAAAACAAAUUCCGUCUUCAAAAUCAUCAGAAGUUUACACAUCUAGUCAUGGAAAAUUUAAAGAUUCAGAAGAAGUUCAGAGAAGACAACAGCGCCUUUUUGAAACUUCUCAUCCUUAUCUCUCACCCAAAGAUAAAGUCUCUCCUAUAAAGAAAGUCACAGAUUUUUACGACCGACCUGAGAAAGAACUGAAAGGUGACUGGAAACAAGGGAAAGGUAAACGAGUACGAACUAUCUUUACUCCAGAACAACUCGAAAAACUGGAGGCGGAAUUUGAGAAGCAACAGUAUAUGGUUGGCACUGAAAGAUACUAUCUAGCCUGUUCUUUAAACCUAACAGAAGCUCAGGUAAAAGUUUGGUUUCAAAAUAGACGUAUAAAAUGGAGGAAACAAAAUUACGAGCAACAACAGGCUAAACUUUCCCAACUGACAAUGUACAAAGAUGACGACGAUUCAGAAAGUGGACAUAGCGAAAACGGACAGUCAUUCCAUAAUUUGACAUCGGACAUGACACCGCGAUCUGUAUCACCGUACUAAUGAAGAAAGUGGUAUAAAAUGCAUAUCUUCAUCUUCAGAAAUGGAAGUAGUAUUACUGCCUUGUAUACUGUAAACAUGAUAUUAUGAGACCAGAACCGGCCGAGAAUAUCAGCUGAUCGUGUUUGGUAACCUGACAUUAACUGUGAUAGUUAUUUAAGACUUGUUUACUGUGUAAAUUUCUUUACUGUAAAUUCAACAUUCUAAAUAGUGCUAUAAAAAAUGGAAUGACAGAAUGAACGAGACUGAAAAAUAUUUAUAAUUGUUGUUGAAAUAAUAAAUUAAAAUGAUAUUGA